CCAGCGAGUGCCGCCAACCUGUAUGAAAACCCAUGGACAAUACCAAAUAUGUUGUCAAUGACGAGAAUUGGCUUGGCUCCAGUUUUGGGCUAUUUGAUCAUUGAAGAAGAUUUUAAUGUGGCACUAGGAGUUUUUGCUUUAGCUGGGCUAACUGAUUUGUUGGAUGGAUUUAUUGCUCGAAACUGGGCCAGUCAAAAAUCAGCUUUGGGAAGUGCUCUUGAUCCACUUGCUGAUAAAAUACUUAUCAGUAUCUUAUAUGUUAGCUUGACCUAUGCAGAUCUUAUUCCAGUUCCACUUACUUAUAUGAUAAUUUCAAGAGAUAUAAUGUUGAUUGUUGCUGUUUUUUAUGUCAGAUAUCGAACUCUUCCAGAACCGCGAACACUUUCUAAGUAUUUCAAUCCUUGCUAUGCUACUGCUAGGUUAAAACCAACCUUCAUCAGCAAGGUAAACACAGCAGUCCAGUUAAUUUUGGUAGCAGCUUCUUUGGGAGCUCCGGUUUUCAAUUAUGCUCACGGCUUUUAUCUUCCGAUACUCUGGUGUUUUACAGCUUUCACCACAGUUGCAUCAGCUUACAGUUAUUAUCGUUAUGGUCGGAAAACUGUUCAGGUGAUCAAUGGCAGAUGAAGGUCAUCCGCCAUCAUUAGCAAGGAAGCAAUAUACAUCAUUGGCAGCAGGGCCAGUGGAAAUGUACAGGAAUCUCCCUACUUUGAAAAAGGACUUGUCAGAUCAAACCAUGUCAUCAGUAUUUAAUGUGCAUUGAAAAUAAGUUUGAUCAUGGGCAUAUGCAGAAUUUCCAAUGUAUUUUUAAAUACAAAUAAACUAUCAUUUAGAAUUUUU